AUGCAGGGACCACUCUGCGGCGCGCUGGCCACUAUGCUCCUGUACGGCAUCACCUGCGUGCAACAGUUUCACUAUCACCAGAACUACAAGUCGGAUUCGUGGGUGCUCAAAGUCGUGGUGCGUUUGAUCACCGAGACGGUAGAGACGGGCCUGUCGGUGUACUUUCUUGAGCACUAUCUUAUCACCAAUUUCGCGAACGAAAAUGCUCUAUACGAUGUUGUGUGGAGCGUCCCGGCGUCGUUUGCUCUCGGAUUUGUGACAGCCUAUCUAGCUAACCUAUGCUUUAUCUGGCGAAUAUGGAGGCUAUCGCGGCAUUUAGUGGUGUCGCUUCUACUAACCAUAUUGGCAACCGCUCGACUCAUUCUCGGCCUGGUCAACUCAUUCCUUGCGAUCAACUCGGCAUCGUGGGAUGCAUUCGCAAAGACGGCCUAUGUCCCGAUCGCCUUCAGCUGGUUUCUUUCCAUAGGUGUUGAUGCACUCAUUGCCUUCAUGAUGUAUCGCACGCUGUACAAGCAGCGGACAGGGCUGAGCGAUACGGACAGCAUGAUCAACCGACUUCUCCUCUAUGCUGUUAACACCGGCGCAGUAACAUCGCUCGGUGCCGUCCUUGUUCUCAUUUUGUUCUUCGCGUUGCCGCAUUCUUUGGCUUUCUUGGGGCCCCUGCAGGUCCAGGAACGAAUGUACAGCGUAUCCCUGCUCGCAUCGCUGAACUCACGCCGCGCGACCCUGUCGCUCUCGCUUCCCAGAGGAGAGACCUUCCAGCUCACGUCCGUCGACCCCGACAUCGACUUCGAGCCUCCGACCAAGACGAUGCAGGAUGUCGCGGACGGAGAGCGUGCCGGAGGUGGCGCCCGCGCCCGUGAUGCUGCAGGCACGGGCGAGCAGCAGACGAGGAGCAGGGUCGCGUUUCCGGAUCUGGAGCUGGGCGGGUGUGAUUCGUCUGAGUCGCAGUCGCAGUAUCGGGGAAAUGAUUCUGAGUCGGUAUGA